AUGAUCAGGCGGCUACUGGUGCCAAGGAACCAGACAUACGAAAACUGGCAAAGGCCCCGCCUGCCCCCCGGGCAGGGAAGCCCCUGCGCGGCUUCGGAAGCGCCUCCGCUCCGGCUCCUCCGCCUGGGCGGAGCAAGGGCGGCGCCUUCUCCUUCUUCUCCUUCUUCCCCGCGACGCGCUCCCCGGCCGGGCGCGGCCAGGAACUGGCAGCCGGGGGCCAGGCGAGCAGAGUGGGGCGGCGGCUCCUCGGGGCCGGCGCUUGGCCAGGCUGAGCGGCGGGCGGAGGCUGAAGGUCGCUGGGGCAGGAAGUUCCCGUUCCCGGGCGGGCCCCAGCAGGCAGCUGCGCUGCAAUGCGAGGCGGGGCGGGCGGGCGGAGGCGGCCGGGGGAGCCGCCUCCUGGCCCGGCCGCGGAGGAGGGAUUUAGCCGGAGCUGCGCGGCUGCCAGCGCCGGAGUCCUCCCCGGCAAGGACGCGCGGGCACCUCUCCGGAGCCGGCGGCGCGCCAAGGCGCAGCGCCCGAGCGGCCCCCGGGAGAGGCAUGCGGCUGCUUUGGGGGCUCGGCGCGCUCCUGGCUUGCCUCGGCUCGGCGGAGCCCCACGCGAAGAAAGCCGGCGCGGCGCCCGGGGAGCGCGGCCGCAGAGCGCAGGGCACGGAUGGCGAGGCCUGGCACUGGCGGGAUGAGCGGACUUGCCACUGGUCCAUUAUGCCGAGGAUACUGCAAGGCAACCAGAGCCUCAGCUUGGAGGUGGCGGCAUUGGGGCGGAACGGAUUCCCGGCUCAACUGCAGAUCGCUCUGGAGGUGGAGGGGGACCACCUUCUUCUAGAUUUGGCACAGAAUUGGGAACUGCUGGCGGGUGCCCAAGGACUGGCAUAUUAUCUUCCCGAUGGAACCAGGGCGAUGCAUCAGACCAGCCAAGAGGGGAAUUGCUGUUAUCGGGGUAGUAUCCAGGGACUCCCUGAGUCUUGGGCCAAUAUCUGCAUUUGCUCAGGUCUAAGUGGGCUCCUGGUCGUGUCCAGGAGCCGAAGCUACAGCUUCGAGUCACAUGUCAAGGGGGACACAAUGGAUCACACAGCCUACAGGCUGCAUUCCGUCAGAAGCAGCACAGGAGAAUGUACACCAGUUUCUCUGUCCCAUGGACAGCAUCAACAGAUGGAGCCACCUCUGCUACAUAGGAAUAAGCGGCAGGCGGAACCUGAACACGCAUACGUGGAACUGGUGAUGGUGGCUGACCAUGCCGAGUUCGUGCUGGACCCUGACCUCGACCGAAUCCGGAUACGGAUGCUGGAAAUCGCUAGCCAUAUGGAUGGGUUUUACCGUCCGUUGGGCCUGCGGGUGGCGCUCGUGGGCUGUGAAGUCUGGAACCAGAGGGACCAGGUGCCCAUGGACGGGCCCGCUCAUGCCGUGCUGGAGCGGUUUCUGCGCUGGAGGCAGCAGGUGCUCCUGCCGAAGGUCCCUCACGACAGCGUCCAGUUGAUCACGGGCUUCCCAUUCACCCGUGGUGCGACAGGGACAUCCACUCACGCUUCUAUCUGCUCCGGGCGCUCUGGUGGGCUCAGCUUGGACCACUCUGUCAGCCCACUGGUCAUGGCUUCCACCGUUUCCCACCAACUAGGCCAUAACCUAGGCCUCAGCCACGACGGUUCCGAUUGCGGCUGCGAUGGCUCCAGCCCCAACCUUCCCCCUGGCCGCAGCUGUAUCAUGGAGCCUCCCUCGGGAUUAAUGCCCGGCCUCAGUUUUAGCCGUUGCAGCCACCAGCAACUCAAACAGAUCCUUCAGAGCAGCCGGGUCUGGUGUCUCUGGGAUGUGCCCGAGCCGACCCGUCUUAAUAAGUCCCGCUGUGGGAACCGCCUUGUGGAACUGGGCGAGGAAUGCGACUGCGGCCUCCGAGAGGAAUGUACAGAUCCAUGUUGCAACGCAGCCACGUGCAAACUGGUGCCUGGUGCUCAGUGUGCCACUGGGGGAGCCUGUUGUCAUAAGUGCAAGCUGCGGGGGCCUGGUUUUGUCUGCCGCUCAUCGCAGAAUGAAUGUGACCUUCCUGAAUUCUGCAAUGGCGUCUCCCCGCGCUGCCCCACCAAUGUCCACAAAAUGGACGGGACGCCCUGUGGAGAAGGCAAAGCCAUUUGUUACGGAGGGGCCUGCCCCACCUACAUGGAGCAGUGUCAGGAAGUUUGGGGUCCAGAUUCGGUCCCUGUCUCUGAUGCAUGCAUGGCUUCUCUGAACGGCAGGGGGGACCUGGAGGGUCACUGUGGACAACUUCCCAAUGGCUCCUAUAUUCCUUGUGCCCAACGGAAUGCCCGGUGUGGACGAUUGCAGUGCCACGGGGGCAGUGCCAACAUUACAAAGCAAGAUAAGAUCGGGGUGUCGCCUGCCUGCCCGCAUAACACACCUCCUCCUGCCAAUGACAUUCUGGAUUUGGCCAUGGUGUUGCCGGGCACGGCUUGUGGGCCUGACAAGUUCUGCAUCGAUCAGCGGUGCCAGGAUCUUCCGGCUCUGAAGUUUCCGGUGUGCCUUUGCAACGGGCACGGGGUAUGCAACAACAACGGAAACUGCCAUUGCCUGUCGGGUUGGACGCCCCCGGACUGCCAGAGCAGGGGGCAAGGGGGCAGCAUAGACAGUGGCUCGCCUGCAAUGGAGCGAGGCAGUGCCACCUCGACGGCCGUGAUCUUGAGCAGCCUCUUCCUCGUCCUGCUGUUAGCCCUCGGCCUCUUUUGUGCCAAGCGAGUCGGUCUGCACAAACGCCUCUGCCAGUUCGGCAAGGGCACAAGCUGCCAGUACAGAACUGAGGCAGAGUCCCGGGUGCAAUUCCUCCACCCGUCUGAACGGAGAGGAAUCACCCAGCCUGAGCCCCGAAGUUACAGUCGGCCCCCCCCGCAACGGCCCCAAUCCCCCCAGUGGAGACAGAGCACUGAACUUCAGCUUAUGCCGAGCAGUAAGCCCACCCCUCUUGGCGACACGCGGCCGGAUCCUCCAUCUAAGCCGCUUCCACCCGACCCGAUUCCGAAAAGUCAACAGGCUGUGGCCAUGGACAGGCCAGCGCCCCCUACGCGCCCGCUGCCUGCCGACCCCAUUCCUAAAGCUGCACAGCCCCCUGGUCCUGCCAAGCCCCCACCUCCUCGAAAACCGCUCCCUUCCGACCCACCCCGGACUGAGCCAUCUGCCAUCCCGAGCUACAAUCCUCAGAUCUUGACACUGCCGGCCAGGCCUGCUCCUCCUCCUCCACCCACGUCGGCUGGUCUCCCAGCACACGUCCAAGAAGUCUAAGCCCACCCCUGCGCCCUUGAGAACCUGACAAUGUUUGGACUUGCCUGCCUCUGGCUCCAGCUCGGGCCUGCCCCUCUCUAGCCAAGACGGGCUGCGGGGGACGCCGACGCCAGCUCUUUCUUGGUGCUUGCUCCGCUGGUUUUGGCUGCAGGCUCGGCAGAGAACUGUCAGCAUCCUUGGCAAGAAUUGGGGCCGCUCUUUCCGCAAACGGAGAACGUCACACCGCAGACUCGGCCCCAGCCCCACAGUUUGGCUCACAGCCUCCGCCUUGCUGAGGUUUCAGGAUCUGGAAGCAAGGGGCUGUGAGAAAGUGGGAAAGUCUUUGCACUGGGAAUAAGGGGGCAAGAUCCCUCAACGAAGCUGUGUGUGAGAGUGAGUGAAUGCUGCAUUGGUGCGUGUAUUUUCCGAGAUCCGAGUGCGAGUUCAAGGGCUGGUGUUCCUGAACGGAACCCUCCCCGCUCCAAUCCUAGCAGGAAUUUCCCCUUAACUUAGACGUACCGGGCAGCUUUCGUCUUAAUAAUCUGCAACCAUUUCAAUAAAAGCAGACUGGAUCACGCUUA